AGGAAGAUGAUGCUGAGGAGGUGCCAGAAUUUCAGGUGUCUGGGAAAAUUGGAGCAAAGAAGCAGAGGAAAUUAGAAGAGAAACAAGCCAGAAAAGCACAGAGAGAGGCUGAAGAAGCCGAGCGAGAAGAACGGAAAAAGCUUGAGUCAAAAAGAGAGGAGGAAAGGCGGAAAGAAGAGGAGAGAAUACGCCUUGAGGAGGAACGUCAGGAAGAGGAAAAAAGGAAGGCAAAAGAAGAAGAGGAAAAGAGAGAGUAUGAAGAGUACCUGAAGCUGAAGGAGAGUUUUGUAGUUGAAGAGGAAGGGGUUGAAGAAUCAAUGACAGAAGAACAGUCUCGCAGCUUCCUAAUGGAAUUUCUGGAGUAUGUUAAGAAAACAAAGGUCAUCCAGCUGGAGGACUUGGCUUCACAUUUGGGUUUAAGAACACAGGAUGCAAUUAACAGAAUCCAGGACCUGAUGGCAGAUGGCACGCUAACAGGUGUGAUUGAUGACAGAGGAAAGUUCAUCUACAUCACUCCAGAGGAGAUGGCUGCUGUGGCCCAGUACAUCAAACAGCGAGGACGAGUCUCCAUUGCAGAGCUGGCCCAAGCAAGCAAUUCCCUCAUCAACCUCCAGCCUGACAGCAGAGCCACUGCUCCAACCAUGGCAUGAAAUCCUGGUGUGAGAAAGAUACAGCAAGUGCUUACCCUUGUAAUGAAUAAGCCACGUAAUUAAA